CAUGAUGGAAGGGCCUUAAAAAUUGAUGGCAAGCGUAGAGUUCUCUUGUCCGGAUCAAUCCAUUAUCCUAGAAGUACACCUGAGAUGUGGCCCGAUUUAAUCCAAAAAGGCAAAGAAGGAGGAUUAGAUGCAAUCGAAACAUAUGUUUUUUGGGAUUUGCAUGAACCUUCUCCUCGUCAGUAUGAUUUCACUGGCAACAAUGAUCUCAUCAGGUUUCUCAAGACCAUUCAAGAGGCUGGACUUUAUUCUUAAUUUUAAAAAUAUUCAAUUGUUGUCACUUUUAGAGGGAUUCCUGUGUGGGUUCACAAUCUCCCUGGUGUUGAGAUUCGUACUGCCAAUGCUGUGUACAUGAAUCAAAUGCAAAAUUUCACUACUUUGAUAGUGGAUAUGAUCGAAAAUGAAUAUGGGAACGUAAUUUCGAAUUAUGGAGCCGCUGGAAAAGCUUACAUAAAUUGGUGCGCAAGCAUGGCCGAAUCCUUAAACAUCGGGGUUCCAUGGAUCAUGUGCCAAGAGCCCGAUGCUCCUCAGCCAAUGAUUAACACUUGCAAUGGGUGGUAUUGUGACGACUUUGAACCCAAUAAUCCAAACAGUCCUAAGAUGUGGACAGAAAAUUGGGUAGGCUGGUUCAAGAGUUGGGGUGGCAAAGAUCCACAUAGAACUGCUCAAGAUGUUGCUUAUGCUGUGGCUAAAUUUUUCCAAACCGGAGGCACAUUCCAAAAUUAUUAUAUGUACCAUGGUGGAACUAACUUCGGAAGAACAGCCGGUGGUCCAUACAUUACCACUACAUAUGAUUAUGAUGCUCCUCUUGAUGAAUACGGCAACAUUGCCCAACCAAAAUGGGGUCACCUCAAAGAGCUGCAUAGAGUUUUGAAGUCAAUGGAGGAAAGUCUUACAAACGGGAACGUUUCUGAGACUGAUUUUGGCAAUUCUGUUAAGGCCACUGUAUAUGCCACAAAUGAAUCAUCAAGCUGCUUCUUGAGCAACUCGAACACCACCACCGAUGCCACUCUAACAUUUAGAGGAAAGAACUAUUCUGUUCCUGCAUGGUCUGUUAGUCUUCUUCCAGACUGUGAAAAUGAAGAAUAUAACACAGCUAAGGUGAAUGUCCAAACCUCUCUAAUGGUUAAAGUGAAAAACGAAGCAGAAGAUGAGCCAGAAGCUUUGAAGUGGACGUGGAGGCCUGAGAAUAUUGAUGAUGCUCUUCUUGGUAAAGUUAAUGUCUCUGCAAACAGACUUAUUGAUCAAAAAGAUGUUACUAAUGAUGCUAGUGACUAUCUUUGGUACAUCACAAGAGUUCAUCUCAAGCAAGAUGAUCCAGUUUGGAGUGAUAACAUGUCUCUAAGGAUUAACGGUAGUGGCCAAGUAAUUCAUGCAUUCGUCAACGGGGAGCAUAUUGGUUCCCAUUGGGCUACAUACGGCAUUCAUAAUGAUAAAUUUGAGCCAAAGCUUAAGUUGAAGCAUGGAAAGAAUGUUAUAAGCUUGCUUAGUGUCACCGUGGGACUUCAGAACUAUGGAAAAAACUAUGAUAAAUGGCAUGAUGGUCUUGUUGGGCCUAUUGAGCUGGUCAGUGUAAAGGGUGAUGAGACUAUCAUAAAAGAUUUAUCUUCACACAAGUGGCUAUACAAGGUUGGAUUGAAUGGUUGGGAUAACAAAUUCUAUAGUGAAGACUCACCCUUUGCUUCUCCUAACCAAUGGGAAUCUGAGGAACUACCCACAAACAGGAUGCUAACUUGGUACAAGACUACUUUCAAAGCUCCUUUGGGGUCAGACCCUGUUGUGGUGGAUAUGCAAGGUAUGGGCAAAGGCUAUGCUUGGGUGAAUGGCCAAAAUAUUGGACGCAUCUGGCCUAGUUAUGAUGCUGAUGAAGAUGGUUGCAGUGAUGAUCCUUGUGACUAUCGUGGUGAAUAUGAUGACAAAAAAUGUGUUACCAAUUGUGGGCAGCCCACACAGAGAUGGUACCAUGUUCCUCGAUCUUUCCUUCAAGAUGAUGUGAAUACAUUGGUUUUGUUUGCGGAGUUAGAUGGGAACCCAACACUAGUGAAUUUUCAAACUAUUGUUGUUGGAACUGCAUGUGGACAUGCUUAUGAGAACAAGACCUUGGAAUUGUCUUGCCAAGGUCGCCCGAUUUCUGCCAUUAAAUUUGCAAGUUUUGGUAAUCCACAAGGAGUGUGUGGAGCAUUCACCAAGGGCACAUGUGAAAGCCAGAAUGAUGCAUUGUCCAUUGUGAAAGCUGCAUGUGUUGGCAAGGAUGCAUGUUCAAUUGAUGUUUCAGAGAAGACAUUUGGUCCAACCGCUUGUGGAGAGAUUCCUAAGAGGCUUGCGGUGGAGGCAGUUUGCUAG